AUGCUGAAUAAAGAGGCUGGUUGGCACGAGUUGAAUGUGAUCUUGUCCGACGCCUCUGUUCCCGGCGAAGAAGAGCACAAGAUCAUCGACUACAUCCGAAAACAGCGUAACACGCCAACCCACGAUCCCAACACGCACCACUGUAUUUGGGGCGCCGAUGCUGAUUUGAUCAUGUUGGGUUUGGCUACGCACGAGCCCAAUUUCACUAUUGUUAGAGAGGAGUUUGUUUACGGAAAACCGAAGCCCUGUACGCUCUGUGGACAAUGUAGCCACGAGCUGAUCGACUGCCAAGGUCUUCCAGAAGGAGCGGAAGACAAAGAGCCGCCUGUUUUCUCCAAGGGAAAUUAUAUCUUCAUCAGAAUCGCAACAGUUCGCGAGUGGAUAGCCCAACUGCUUCAAAUUCUUAAUAUUCCUAUUCCCUGGGACUUGGAGAAUAUCAUAGAUGAUUGGAUUCUAUUAUGUUUCUUCGUUGGCAACGAUUUCUUGCCUCACUUGCCCUCGUGGGAGAUCAGAGAGGGAGCGAUCGACAAACUUGUUGGAAUCUACAAACGAACUGUUUGCGAAAUGAAGUCCUACAUGACGAGAGACGGUACUGUGAAUCUCAAGGCGGUAGAAUUCGUCAUGAGAAGUAUCGGUCGAAUGGAAGACGCGAUUUUCAGAGACGAACGGAGGAAGAAUCAAGGCAGAAACAAGCGCUUGAACAGAAAUCAAGGUCAUGAAACAUCUGUCGCGAAAUCAGGAGUGAUGGAGCCGAAAAUGGUGAACCAACAUCAACGACAAGCGAAAGCGCAUGAUCUGAAUAAAACUGCACGUCAGAUUCGACAGGAAGCUACCGAGGCGAGACUUACUGCAGCCAAACUCGAGGAUCAGGAUACGGAGCAAAUUACUCUCAGCGCACUUGCGUAA